AUGGAGCCGGCUGCGCCCGAGCCGCCGGCCGCGCCGUCCCCGUCCCUCCAGGCCCGGCUCUGGAAGAACCUGCAGCUCGGGGUGGGCAAGAGCAAGGGCGCCGGGGGCGCGCGCGCGGGGACCCCCGAGCCGCGCGCCGCGGCCACCCCGUCGCCCUCCCCGCCGCCGCCGGGGGGCAGGCGGGACGCCCCGGGCAGCAAGUGGAGCGGCUUCCGGAAACGGAGACAAGUGCUCGACCGAGUCUUCUCCUCCUCGCAGCCCAACCUGUGCUGCUCGUCGCCGGAGCCCCUGGAGGCGGGCGGCGCGGGUCGGGCCGAGCAGGGGUCGGCGCUGCGCCGGCGCCUCCGCGAGCAUCUGCUCCCGGCGGGAAAGGGGCCCGCGGCCGCCGGCGGAGCGACGCCUCCUGGCGGCCGCUCGCCCGAUUCGGCUCCCUCUUCGUCGUCCGCCUCGUCGUCUCUGUCCUCCUCCCCGCAGCCGCCCUCGAGGGGGGACCGCGCCCGAGAUGAGGGCGCCCGGCCGCGCGGGCUCGGGGGACACUUGUGCCAUCAGAAGAGCUCGUCCCUGCCGGGCACCGCCUGCCUGGAGCAGCUGUUGCAGCCGCCGCCGCCGCCGCCGCCCGCACCUGCACCUGCACCUGCACCUGCACCCGCAGAGCCCAGUCCCGCCGAGCCCCCGACCCCGGAGCCGAGCGAGGAGCGAGGCAGCAGUCAGAAAAUAAGUACUGCUGGAACCAGUAAUGCAGAUGUCCCUUUGGCCGAUCCCGGAAUGUACCAGUUGGACAUUACAUUAAGAAGGGGUCAAAGUUUAGCUGCCCGAGAUCGAGGAGGGACAAGUGAUCCAUACGUGAAGUUUAAAAUUGGAAGAAAGGAAGUUUUCAGAAGUAAAAUAAUACAUAAGAAUCUUAAUCCCGUGUGGGAGGAGAAAACGUGCAUCUUUGUUGAUCAUCUUAGGGAGCCAUUGUACGUCAAGGUAUUUGAUUAUGAUUUUGGACUACAGGAUGACUUUAUGGGUUCAGCCUUUCUUGAUCUCACACAACUGGAGUUAAACAGGCCCACAGAUGUGACUUUAACACUUAAAGACCCUCAUUAUCCUGACCAUGAUCUUGGAACCAUUUUGCUCUCGGUUGUUCUUACCCCCAAAGAAGGAGAACACAGGGAUGUGACAAUGCUAAUGAGGAAGAGUUGGAAAAGAUCAAGUAAGUUUCAGACCCAAAGUUUACGUCUGUCAGAACUGCACAGAAAGUCACACCUGUGGAGAGGAAUAGUCAGCAUCACACUGAUUGAGGGGCGAGACCUCAAGGCGAUGGACUCCAAUGGGUUGAGUGACCCCUACGUGAAGUUCCGGCUUGGACAUCAGAAGUACAAAAGCAAGAUUAUGCCAAAAACCUUGAAUCCUCAGUGGAGGGAACAAUUUGAUUUUCAUCUCUAUGAGGAGAGAGGAGGAAUCAUUGAUAUCACUGCAUGGGACAAAGAUGCUGGGAAAAGGGAUGAUUUUAUUGGCAGGUGCCAGGUCGACCUGUCGCUUCUCAGCAGGGAACAGACACACAAGUUGGAGUUGCGGCUGGAAGAGGGGGAAGGACACUUGGUGCUGCUGGUCACCCUCACAGCUUCGGCCACAGUCAGUAUCUCUGAUCUCUCUGUCAACUCCCUGGAGGACCAGAAAGAAAGAGAGGAGAUAUUAAAGAGAUAUAGCCCAUUGAGGAUAUUUCAUAACCUGAAAGACGUGGGAUUUCUCCAGGUGAAAGUAAUAAGAGCAGAAGGUUUAAUGGCUGCUGAUGUUACAGGUAAAAGUGACCCAUUUUGUGUAGUUGAACUGAACAAUGAUAGGCUACUAACACAUACUGUCUACAAAAAUCUCAAUCCUGAGUGGAACAAAGUCUUCACGUUCAACAUUAAAGAUAUCCAUUCGGUUCUUGAAGUGACCGUGUAUGAUGAAGAUCGGGACCGAAGUGCUGACUUCCUGGGCAAAGUUGCUAUUCCAUUGCUGUCUAUUCAAAAUGGUGAACAGAAAGCCUACGUCUUGAAAAACAAGCAGCUGACAGGGCCAACAAAGGGGGUCAUCUAUCUUGAAAUAGAUGUGAUUUUUAAUGCUGUGAAAGCCAGCUUACGAACAUUAAUACCCAAAGAACAGAAGUACAUUGAAGAGGAAAACAGACUCUCUAAACAGCUGCUACUAAGAAACUUUAUCAGAACGAAGCAUUGUGUCAUGGUGCUUGUAAAUGCUGCGUACUACGUUAAUAGUUGCUUUGAUUGGGAUUCGCCCCCAAGGAGCCUUGCUGCUUUUGUGCUCUUUCUCUUUGUUGUCUGGAACUUUGAGCUCUACAUGAUACCACUGGUUUUGUUGUCACUGUUGACAUGGAACUACUUCUUGAUAAUAUCUGGGAAAGAUAACAGGCAACGUGAUACAGUACUGGAGGACAUGUUAGAGGACGAGGAAGAAGAAGAUGACAAAGAUGACAAGGAUGGUGAAAAAAAAGGAUUUAUAAAUAAGAUCUAUGCCAUCCAGGAGGUGUGUAUCAGUGUCCAGAACAUCCUUGAUGAAGUGGCUUCCUUUGGCGAGAGGAUAAAGAAUACAUUCAACUGGACUGUCCCGUUCCUGAGCUGGCUGGCGAUUGUGGCCCUGUGUGUAUUCACAGUGAUCCUGUACUUCAUUCCACUGAGAUACAUUGUCCUUGUCUGGGGUAUCAAUAAAUUUACAAAAAAACUUCGAAGUCCUUAUGCAAUUGAUAACAACGAACUACUUGACUUCCUUUCCAGAGUUCCUUCAGAUGUACAAGUGGUGCAAUACCAAGAACUGAAACCAGAUCCUUCUCAUAGCCCAUGUAAAAGGAAGAAAAACAAUCUGGGCUAGCCAACUCCCAGCACUGAGGAGACCCGCAUCUGUUUGGAAAGAUAAAAGAAAAAGCCUCCGCCUCAGCAGCAUUUCCUUUCUUUCUACUUUUUAUUUAUUUUGACUUUUUUUUUUUUAAAAAAAUCAUGAUCGAGAGAAUUUGUAAAUAGUGUACAAAGGCAUAUGUCUUUGAAAAUAUACUUCCAUUGUACAGAAUCAAUUUGAUAAAGGUUUAGCUACUGUUGCGUGAAAGAUUUGUUAGCUGUGGAUCAUACUAUAACACAGGGGGUCAAGAAAUGUAAGAAUGGUGAUAUUAGAAGCUCCAGACGUCUCUAAUUACAAGUGAAAGAACCAGAAUAUUAGAUUAGAUGCUCAGCUGUGCUGAUUAAAUCGACAUGAAAUGUAAAUGUCCAUUUAAGUUUUUUUAUGUAACUUUUUUUUUAAUCUGAAAACAAUCUAUUACAGUUUCUAUGUUUUAUACAUUUUAAAAGAGGAAGGGGGAUCCCGAAAACCUGAAAAAUGAAACAGAUGCAUUUCAAUUUAACAAAGAUUCUGUCUUCAAAUCCUGACAUUCAUUCCUGUGCAAAUUCUUUGGGUAUAACUUGUGUGAUCUGAAGCUAAUGAGUGAAGGUACACUCACCUCUCACGAGAAAUUUUCACACUCUGCAAUCCUACAGAAAACUUUCAAACCUUCUAUCAUUCCAUUAAAAACCUUAACAUUUCAACAGGUCUACACAUAAAUACUGCCAGAUUUAUAAAUGAUUGCCUAUCUGACUUUUUAUAUAUGCCACUCCUUUAUACCAUGUGAGCAAAUUCUAGUACCCCAGUUCAGUUGACAAAAAUACUAGCAAACUAAAUCUGUGUGACUUUUGGUGUCAGAUUAUUCCUCUGUGCAUCUAAAAAAGUUAUUACUCGAGUGUUCUAGCAGAGAAAAAAAAUAUCUGCUUUCUCAUUAGGUUAUUGAAAUGCUUUAAUACAUACUAUGAUUUCUGUUAUUAGUGUGAAUUUUAAUGUAGAGGAGAAUGCAGUGUGCUAUGUGAUAUGCCAGUGUUACAUUCAUUUCUGGAAAAAUAUCAUUCUUGAUAAUAUGAAUGCAUGAAAACCUAUUUUGUAUAAUAAACUGCUUAUGAGGAGGGGGAAUUUGCCUUCAAAAAGUUUCACUACUUACUAUAGAAUCUAUACUUAAAAAUUGCAUUUCCUUAUGGUAGUUUUUGUAUCUAACUCCCUGUUAUAUCAAGGGAAUAUACCUCUGGAGGGAGCAUUGGUGAGGAUAUCUUACUUUCCUGAGUUGGUAGGGGACUUAGCUUGUUUAAAAUCGUUGCAGACAAUGUUUUGCACUACUUUAUUAAUAAUAGACUAGGGAAGGUGGAGGUUUAUUGCUGAAAAAAAAAAUGUAAAAUAGCCUGAGGAGCAAGUAAUAUAUAUUUCACUAUAAAGGAAGGUUCUUUAAAAAAUAUUCUUUAAAAAUAAAUUUAAUCUCAUCAAAGCUGAUUUUUAAAGUAUUUUUAUUUAAAAGCUAUGUUGUUAAAUACUAUUUCUUAUGAUAGAAAUAUUUUGAUGUUUAUAUACUAUGCCUGAAAGAAUGUCAAUUAAAUUCCCUUUCUACAGAAAGGCUUGACCUCAAAAAAAUGCUGUAUUUAGCGUAUCAUGUUUAUAACGACAUGCUCACAUCUCCAUACGAUCACUGUUUGUUGCGAAAACAUAAUAUUCCAUGAAGUUGAUGUUACUACAGAAAGUUUACUGAUGGGAUAAUUGGUCUGACAUAAAUUUUGAUUAUACCUUGUGUGAGAUUUAUGUUCUGUGCCGACAUUGUCUACUCAAAUGUCUAUGGGCAGGCCUGAUACUCUACAACUUCAGAUGUACCUAGUGGAUAGUAACCAUUAACAGAUGACUAAUUUCUGUUUCAUUCUAUCAAAUUUCAGAUGUUUAGUUCAAUGGUAAUGUUGACUAUACACUCACUGCAUUAAAUAAAAAAUCUUUUCUAUGUA